AUGGCUGACCGAAUUUCCUCCUAUUGGAGCCUACCAUUAACCCGAAGCGGCGAUGUGCGCUCCCGGGAGAGAGUCCGGAUUCCCGGGCCCAGCACCUGCAUGCUACAAGCCACUCCCGCUUUGGGGCCGGUCACCGUCUGCCCACAGCCUCCCCACCUGCGCCCCCUGGACAUCCUGGCAGAGGCCAUCCCUCCACACAGCGCUGCGGGUGGAAUCAGGGUAACGCAGGCCCACGGCGUUCGAGGACUCCAGCUCUCAGCCGCCGCUCCCCACGCCUUGAGCUUCCCUGCGUCGAGGAUUUUCUUCCGAUGUGACCUCUUCCCUGAAGAAUUUUCGAUUGUCAUAACCUUGAAAGUUCCCAAUCUUCCCCCGAAGAAGAACGAAUACCUGUUCACAGUGGUGGCGGAGGAGGCGGACGCCCUGCUGCUCGGCCUGCGGUACUCGCCCACCCGGCUGCACUUCCUCUUCCUCAGCCAGGACCCGGCGGGUGCCUGGCAAACCCGAGUGACCUUCCACAGCCCCGCUCUGACGGACAGGGAGUGGCACACGCUGGUCUUGGCCGUGUCUGAAGGAUCCUUCUCCCUCACCACGGACUGUGGCCUCCCACUGGACAUAAUGGCUGACGUGCCCUUCCCGGCCACCCUAUCGGUGCGAGGAGCCCGAUUCUUCAUCGGCAGCCGUAAGAGGACCAAAGGCCUGUUCACGGGCCUGGUGAGGCAGCUGGUUCUGCUGCCCGGCUCGGACGCCACCCCAAGGCUCUGUCCCUGCAGGAGUGCCGAGCUGGCUGUGCUGUCCAUCCCCCCUGUCCUGCAGGGUCUCACAGGGAAGCCAGAAGAUAAUGAGGUGCUAAAAUAUCCCUAUGAAACCGACAUGAAGGUGACGCUGGGCUCCCGGCCUCCGUGCACCAAAGAGGAGGACGCCCAGUUCUGGUUCGACGCCAGCCAGAAGGGGCUGUUCCUGUGUGUGGGCAGCGAGUGGGUCUCCGUGUUAGCAGCCAGAGAAAAGCUGGACUAUGUGGAGGAGCAUCAGAGCCUGUUCACCAACUCGGAGACGCUGGGCAUCGAGGUCUUUGCCAUCCCCGAGGCUGGGCUCUUCGUGGCAGCCGCCAACCGCAAAAACACAUCCGCCAUCUACAAGUGGACAGAUGGAAAGUUCGCCUCAUACCAGAACAUUCGCACGCACCAAGCCCAGUCCUGGAGACACUUCACCAUCGGGAAAAAGGUCUUCCUGGCUGUGGCCAAUUUUGAACCGAAUGAAAAGGGUCAGGAGUUCUCCGUCAUUUACAAAUGGAGCCAGACGAAGCUGAGGUUCACGCCAUACCAGAGGGUCCCCACCCACAGCGCCCGGGACUGGGAGGCCUUCAAGGUGGCCGGGGAGCACUUCCUGGCCGUGGCCAACCACCGGGAAGGUGACAACCACAACAUCAACAGUGUCAUCUACAAGUGGAACCCAAGGACGCGCCUCUUCGAGGCCAACCAGACCAUUGCCACAUCCGGUGCCUACGACUGGGAAUUCUUCACCGUGGGGCCCUACUCGUUCCUGGCGGUGGCCAACGCCUUCAACGGCAGGUCCACGAAGCUGCACUCCCAUCUGUAUGUCUGGCUCUUCGGCUCCUUCCAGCUAUUCCAGGCCUUCCUGACGUUCGGCGCCGCGGACUGGGAGGUUUUCCACAUUGGAGAGAGGGUCUUCCUCGCAGUCGCUAACAGUCACAGCUACGACGUGGAGAUGCAAGCGCACAAUGAUUCCUACGUCGUCAACUCGGUCAUCUAUGAGCUGAAUGUCACCGCGCAGACCUUCGUCAAGUUCCAGGAGAUUCCCACCUGCAGUGCUCUGGACUGGGAGUUUUUCUCGGUGGGAGAAGAUUAUUUCCUGGUGGUUGCAAACUCCUUUGAUGGAAACACCUUCUCUGUAAACAGUAUUAUUUACAGGUGGCAGGGCUACGAGGGCUUCGUGGCCGUGCACAGCCUCCCGACCUUCGGCUGCAGGGACUGGGAGGCGUUCCGCACCGCGGCCGGCUCCUACCUCCUCUACUCCAGCGCCAAGGAGCCCCGCUCCCGCGUACUGAAGCUGAGGACGGGCUGA